AUGGUGAACUCGCUGCUGUUCGGGGAGAUGACCUUGGCCUUCGGCUGCCCGCCGGGCGGCGGCGGCGGGGGCUGCCCGGGAGGCGGCGGCGGCGGCGGCGGCGGCGGCGGCGGGGCCGGGCCGGGGCCGUCGCCGGUCACCGCGGCGCUGCGGGACGACCUAGGCUCCAACAUCCACCUCCUGAAGGGGCUCAACGUGCGCUUCCGCUGCUUCCUGGCCAAGGUGCACGAGCUGGAGCGGCGCAACCGGCUGCUGGAGAAGCAGCUGGAGCAGCAGCAGAGCGAGCGCGAGCGGCGGCUGCGCUACAAGACCUUCUCCCGGGAGCAGGCCGUGCAGACCGGGCCCGAGCUGCUGCGGCCGCCCGCGGCCGGCGGCGGCGGCGCGGCGCUGGGCGCCAACGCCAACACCGUGGCCCUGGGCGGCCUGCCCCCCGGCGGCGGCUCGCACCCGCAGCACUACGGCCGCCUGCCCGGGACCAUCUGGAGCUACACGCAGGUGCGGCGCACGGGCGGCGGCGGCGUGGAGACGGUGCAGGGCCCCGGCGUGUCGUGGGUGCACCCCGACGGCGUGGGCGUGCAGAUCGACACCAUCACCCCCGAGAUCCGCGCGCUCUACAACGUGCUGGCCAAGGUGAAGCGGGAGCGCGACGAGUACAAACGGAGGUGGGAGGAGGAGCUUGCCAAGCGCAUGAACCUUCAGACCAUGGUGGACACACUGCAGGAGGCAGCACAGGAAGCCGAGGCCAUCCAGGAGGAGAUGAAUGAGAAGAUCGAGCGGCUCAAGGCUGAGCUAGUGGUGUUCAAGGGGCUCAUGAGUGACCCCAUGACAGACCUGGACACAAAGAUCCAAGAAAAGGCCAUGAAGGUGGACAUGGACAUCUGCCGCCGAAUCGAUAUUACGGCCAAGCUGUGCGAUGUCGCACAGCAGCGGAACUCGGAAGACGUGUCCAAGAUCUUCCAGGUGGUCCCCAAAAAGAAAGAACGCAAAGUGGCUUCGGACGAUGACAUCUCUGAGCAGGACGGGGAGGUGAACCGGUUCUCUGAUGAUGAGGUCGGCUCCAUGAACAUCACAGAUGAGAUGAAACGCAUGUUUAACCAGCUGCGGGAAACCUUUGAUUUUGAUGAUGACUGCGACAGCCUGACGUGGGAAGAGAAUGAAGACACACUUCUGCUCUGGGAAGACUUCACCAACUGUAACCCGACCAUUGACCUGCAGGGCGAGCAAGAGGAAAACCUGGGCAACCUGAUCCACGAGACUGAGUCCUUCUUCAAGACGAGAGACAAGGAGUAUCAGGAAACCAUAGGGCAGAUUGAGCUGGAGCUGGCCACAGCCAAGAGUGACAUGAACCGGCACCUGCACGAGUACAUGGAGAUGUGCAGCAUGAAGAGAGGCCUAGAUGUGCAGAUGGAGACCUGCCGCCGGCUUAUCAAAGGCUCUGCGGACAGGAAUUCACCGUCGCCUAGCUCUGUGGCCAGCAGUGACUCAGGAAGUACAGAUGAGAUCCAAGAUGAGCUGGAGCGGGAGGCAGAUGUGGAGCCCAUGGUCAGCUGAUGAUGGAGGUCCCACACACCUGGUGACGGGGCCAUGCGGGCUCCAGCCUUCACCACACAGACUGUCCACUGUCCUCCCUCCUCAGGAGGCCUCAAGGGACCGCUGCUUCCUUCCUUCUUCACCUUUCACCACCCACCUCCCAUCAGUGCCCCUUCUCCGUCCACUCACCCACCCACGGAAUGGUGCUGUCAAUUUAUAUUGUUCUCCACAUUACAAAUGCAGACUUCUGUGCGACGAUGCCUGUCACUGUGCCUUCUCCCUUAAGCUGAGCCACUUUGAGCUCCAAAGAAUUAUUCCUAGCAGGUGUUUUUAUACAAAAUUCUAAGUGAGGGUGGGGCCUGGGGGCAUGGCAUCAUAUGGUUUUCUACCCUCCCACCUGCUCCUCUGAUUGGCCAUGAGCUUUGCCCUCCCUUUCUCUGACUGGCUCUGUGCUGGAGAUGCUCUGCCUUCCUUAGGAAGGAACUGUUUGCUUGCAGACCUGGGUGGGGGCAUCUCCCAUGUUUUUUCACUCACUGAAGAGAGGAAGGUGGUAGGAGGGGAGGGAAGACCAAUUUUUCUUUUCUUUUUUGGAUCUAGUGGCGAAGUAGAGGGACAAGGCACCGUGAGGGGAAGGUGGAGCCUCACUGUGUUUAAACUACUAUGCAAAAAAAAAAAAAAACCCACAAAAACAAAAACAACCCCCCCCACACACACA